AUGUACCUUCACUCCAUGUUCGACCUCUUCUGCAUGCUGGUGAAUGCUGGAAUACUUAUGAAACUCAUACACCUGGAGAAACUGCCUCCUGACACCCAGCCCCCUGAAAACCUGUAUAACCCAGCCUCCGUUUACACCACCUGGCUCAACGGCCUGCCCCAGCAUGUCAAGAACGUGGUCCUCAGUGAGGUCCCUAAGUGCAACAUAGAGAAGCAGUUUUUAAAGGUUAAGGAGGGCACAAGCUUUGCAUUCCUGGCCUUUAUUGAAGCUAUGUCAUUUCUUCCUGGGUUUGUCUUCUGGUCUGUCCUCUUCUUCCUGCUGGUGCUGUCCCUGGGGCUGACCACCGUGGUAGGGAUCAUACAGGGCAUCAUUACCUCACUUCAGGACACUUUCUUUUCCCUCAGGAAACAUGCAAAGCUGCUCACAGUGGGCUUCUCUAUGUUCAUGUUCCUGUGUGGCCUCUUCUUCACUCGACUUUCAAGCAUCACCUUCAUCAGACUGCUGAGUGAAUGCUGGACAGUCUUUCCCCUAAUUAUCAUCAUCAUAUUUGAAAACAUGGCUGUAGCCUAGGUCUACGGGUCCAGGAGGUUCCUUUCAGAACUGGAGAUCCUGUUGGGACACCCCAUCUCCCCCCCGUAUUGUUGGCUGUGGUGCUGUCUUUGUCCAUUUGUGCUGCUAAUCAUGUUUGUGACAAUCCUGGUUUACGUUUGUAUGAAGACCUUCACCUCUGUGGCCUGGGACUCAAGCACUACAAAAGAGGUGCUCCGACAGUACCCAUCAUGGACACUACUCUUGAUGAUUGCCCUUUUCAUCAUUGUCAUCCUCCCUGUCCCUACCUACUUUGUAUACUGCCUCGCCCGUGGGAUUCCCUUAAGGCACAAGAAUGGGGAUGGACCUAUCCAAAUCCCUAAGUGACCAGUAGUGCCCAGUAAAGGAGUCCAAAAGGAGAAAAUUCUACAAGAUGAUAAAACAAAGUGUUCAUCAACCUGUCAUGUGAAUUCCUAA